CUUUCUUUUUAUGCUGAGUCCUCUUAGCCUGGACUACAGGCUUACACUGGAGCAAUCUGAGAUGAAUAGAUGGAUUAAGAUGGAUAAAUCUAAAGUACCAGAACUCAAAGUAUUUUCCAACACAAAUAAAUCAGAAAAUUUUCAUCGACUUCUGAGCCCUGAAGUCACGGAAAACCAAAUAUUUCAUGCUAAUCCACAGCGUGCUACAUUCAUACCAAGCUGUUGCAUGGGUGCAGAUUAUUUCUGCCAAAAAAGCUCAUGUAGAGUUGGCCAAGUGAAUCAAGAGUUUAGUCAGCCUGCUCCUGCUGCGCAGCGUACAGACCUGAUGCAGCACAGAGAGCCAGAAGGUAGAGGAUCGACUCCUGCCAGGAUGACUCUCCAUCAUCGACCACCUGAUGCCUGUUGCCCUCGUCCUGCAGAAACCAGGGAGGGUGACAAGAGAGGAGAGUUCUGUUUAUGUGACUAUGGACCAAACCAGUGUGGAACAACAGGGCCUGCAAACAGAAGUGUAACUAGGGGGGAGGAUGAAUACAAUUCUCAGCUUCAGAGUGAUGAGGAGGAUCUUGAGCUUCCUUUGCCACUAAGAUCUGAUGAUGAGUUGCAGCACUACAAUCCCUUUGUACCUCCUUACCAGUACAUGCACCACAAUGACCCUCAUCAUACAAUGGAUGUAAGGUAUUAUCACUCUGCAGGAGAAGGCCAUUACAACUUCAAUCCAGUUAACAGAUACCCACCUCAGCCAAGUUACCACUCGGCUCCCUACCAGCACAAAGAACCCUGGGAUGACCCUCAAAACUGGCUGCAACGUUAUGAUAACUUUAUGAAUGACGUCAUGGCUCAGGGAAGUGUCUCAGUAAACGUGCCUCAGUUCUCAGUCCCCCCUGUGCAGGGCGUGGCACAGGUCAGCGUGAUGAGCCCGAACUCAUCCGGAGCAGAGGCGUCCGUCUCACAUCCACAUGAGAAAAGAAGAACAAUCAGUCUGCCCGAUGUGUGCCGAAACGUUUUUAUAACUUAUUCUUUGGACGUUUCUUCAGAGAUAGUCCCUUUUGUAGACUUCCUCACAAAGCAAGGUUUUCGAGCAGCCGUUGACAUAUAUGACAACACCAUCAGGCGCAUGGAUAUCAACAAGUGGAAGGACAGUUACCUGAAAGAUCCUUUAACCCUGAUCAUCAUCGCCGUCAGUCCAAAGUAUAAAGCUGACAUUGAAGGAUCUGUUGUGGAUAGCCAUGGUCUACACACUAAAUAUAUUCACUCCAUGAUUCAGAAUGAAUUCAUUGAGCAAGGCAGCUUGAAUUUCAGAUUCAUACCAGUUCUCUUCCUCAGUGCAUCCCAGAAACACGUCCCAAGUUGGCUUCAGAACACACGUGUCUAUCGCUGGCCACAGGACACUGAGGAUUUAUUACUGCGGCUGCUCAGGGAGGAGAGAUACGUUCCUCCUCCUGUACCUAUGGAGCUCACCCUCAUUAUCAGGCCUGUGGCCCCCAGCUCUGCAACUACACUGUGAAGACACACCUGUAUUCAUGCUUGUGCAUGUUUUUAAUGAUUUGUGCAGCUUGUGUAUUUUAAAAUCUCAGAAUGUAUCCAGUCUAAGUCAUAAGUCAGCUCAUUAUCUAAGAUGUUUCAUUCUGUGAAAGAACAGUUGUUUGUUUGUCAGAUAUUUCAAUAAAGUCAUAUUCAAGCUA